UUCCUGGUCUGACCCCGCCCCUUUCUUCCCUCAAGGUAUUGUUCUCUGAUUAGGUGCACCAGCAGGUUUGAUCAGCGGUGUGUUAUGCUGUGAAAGUCACAGCUCUCUAACACUUACCACAGAAAUGGAAAACUGGAGCAGAAAAGCCAAUAUUUCUUACAGGAGGUGGAGAAAUCCUGAAGUGAGGGGUGAGGUACAUUUGGUGGGUCACAGCGAUGAGGACCAGGGCACAGACAAUGAGAUCUGCACUGUAGCCUCAGCAGGAGUCAACUCCAGCUCUGGGUUUGAUCAAGCUGAGGAAACCUUUACAGUCGAUGAUGCACUGGAGGCCAUCGGCUUUGGAAAGUUCCAGUGGAAAAUGUCCGUCCUCACGGGACUGUCAUGGAUAGGAGACGCCAUGGAGAUGAUGAUCCUCAGUAUCUUGGGCCCCCAGCUGCACUGUGAGUGGAGGCUGCCCGGCUAUCAGGUGGCUCUCAUAACAUCGGUGGUGUUUGCAGGAAUGGGGAUCGGUUCACCCGUAUGGGGGAACGUGGCCGAUACGUACGGCAGGAAAACAGCUCUGAUGAUUUGUAUCUGCUGGGCUCUGUUCUACGGCCUGUUGAGCGCCUUCGCUCCAGUGUACGGCUGGCUCUUGGUCCUGCGGGGCCUCGUAGGCUUUGGCAUCGGAGGAGCUCCUCAGUCGGUGACACUCUACUCAGAAUUUCUUCCAGUGAAGUCAAGAGGCAUCUGCAUCAUGCUGAUUGCGGCGUUCUGGGCCCUUGGUUCUGUGUUCGAGGUCCUCCUGGCAUUGUUGAUAAUGCCCACUCUGGGCUGGAGGUGGCUGCUCGGCUUGUCCGGUAUACCAUUGGCAAUCUUUCUUUGCUUCUGCUCCUGGCUGCCUGAAAGCACUCGUUUUAAUCUGCUGGCGGGAAAAACCAAGAAGGCCAUGGAAACUUUAACACGCAUCGCCAAAGAGAAUGGCAAGGCCUUGCCUCUGGGGAAGAUCAUCGCCUUCCAGAAGAAUGACCGUGGACAGAUCAAAGAUCUCUUCACUCCUCAGUAUUGGAGGACUACUCUACUUCUGUGGUUUAUAUGGUUUGCAAAUGCCUUCUCCUAUUACGGGAUAGUCCUCUUGACAACUGAGCUGUUCCAAUCUGGACAUUCAUGUGCGGAAAUGCAAGGUGUCCAGAUUAAACCUAACUGUAGUCUGGAAUGCAGAUAUUUGACUUCAGCUGACUACAAAGACCUUUUAUGGACGACCUUGGCUGAAUUCCCAGGUAUUUUAGUUGUCCUCCUGGCAAUUGAUCGUAUUGGCAGGAAGAAGAGCAUGGCUCUGUGUUUCUUCAUGUUUUCUUUGUCCAUGCUUCCCUUAUUCGCUUGUAUUGGGAGGCUACCUGUUACUAUCUGCAUCUUUAUUGCCAGAGCCUUCAUCUCCGGAGGAUUCCAAGUGGCUUUUGUUUACACACCAGAGGUGUACCCGACAGAAACCAGAGCUUUAGCAAUUGGGACUUCAAAUGCAGUAAGCAGGGUGGGUGCCCUGAUUACCCCCUUUGUGGCACAGGUGUUGCUCAGGACAUCGGUGAAUGCGACCGUGUCGUUGUACGUUUGCCUCAGUCUGCUGGGUGGCCUUGCGUCCUUGCUCCUGCCCAUUGAGACGUUGGGCCGGAGUCUGCAGGAGUCCGGUCUUGAACAGGAGGUCGGAGAGCAGACGGCCACCUCAGCCAGUCAGUCAAAUGAUACAACACACUCCCCAAAACAGAGGUAGAUGAUCCAGGAAGAAUGAAAUAAAAAUGGAAAAGAAAGGAUAUUUUUCCCACUUCCAGGCUGCUGCAGAUGCCACAGUUGCUUGUUGAACUGUGGAUUGAAUCUUGUGAGCAAUGAUGGGUGAAGAACAACGGGGGACAAUCUCAUUACGGGAAAGGAGUGAUAAUUGAGGCCUACUUCCCAUGUCUAAUGAGAGCGGAAGCACACUUAUGCUUGGACUGCUUUGUUUGCCCACUCUUCCAUCGAGGCCAUGAGCAGCAACAGAGGGGACAUUAUGGACCAUGAUGAUUCACUGUGCGGGCUCUGCUUAGAGCUACACAUGCCUUGCCCUCACAUUUUGGAUAAAAAAUGUGUAUUUAUUUAUAGCCUUCUUAUAGUUCUUAUUUCUCACAGUAAACUGGUUCAAUAUGCUUUAGCUCUAUUGUAUUUCAUCAUUGAAUCUGCGUUGUAAUUUGCACAAUAAAGUAUGAAUAGUUCUAUUAUUAUGGCUCUACAUUUGAGCUGCAACGAUAACUCGAUUAAUUGACAAGUGGAUUUUCUGUAAACUAAUCUGCAAUUAUGAUAAAAUAUAGACAUUCUUCUCAAAUGUGAGAAUUA